AUGACCUAGGUCACUGUCAUAGGUAGAGAAGUAGGUAAAGUUCGUUAAGUGUGCUCGAGACGUAAAGUGUAAUACUAGUUGGCAUUUAAUUUUAGUCAUGUCGAACAAAGAAAGUCAGAGAGAUGAAAUAUGCGUAUUGGAAAGUAUUUAUAACGAGGAAGAAAUACAAAUUCAUGAAGAAAAUAACCUUCUUGGAGGGCAGUUUUAUGCCUACAUUGAUCUUCCAACGGGUUUCAAAGUUGUCUUCAGGGAUUUACGGGAGGAAGAUUCUUGUUUAGAAGAACUGCCAUUGAAAUAUCUUCCACCCAUAAGUCUUCACUUCAGUCUUCCUUGUGAUUAUCCAUCUCGUUCAUCACCUACAUACACGCUGUCUUGCCAGUGGUUGCAGAACAAUAAGUUAAUACUGUUGCACAAGAAGCUGGAAGCAAUCUGGAAGGAAAAUGAAGGCAUGGAAGUGUUAUUUCUGUGGACUCAGUUCCUGAAGGAGGACGUCUUGAAAUUCCUUGAGAUAACAGAUACUCUGGAUGUGAGUUCUCUUGAAACAACCUAUAAAAAACGUGAAGAAUUUAGACAGGCUAUGAGGACACAUCAGUUGGAAGAACGAGAGAAAAGGAAGAAUGCAAAAUCUGAAACUGAAAGUGGCAAACAACUGAACACACCAGACACGUGCAGGAGUGUUGCUGAGUACCCAAGGAGGAAACAGAGAGGCAGAACUGGGUGGGGGAGAAAGGAUAGAGUUGUGGAUCAGCACAAACAGGAAGAUGAAUUGAAAUCUGAAAGCUGUGCACUUGGAAAGACUGAAACCAUUGAAACUAGUACUCAGAAUACAGGGACAGUUCAGGAUAACAGCUGUAACACAGAUGUUCUUCAUGACAGUAAAAAUCAAAGAGCUGGAAGCUGUGUACAAAGAAGCUCUCAUAGAGGAACUUAUGGAAAGGGAUACAGUUCUAAUUAUAACAGGUCUCCAGGAAGAGGGAACAACUGGAUGGUGUCAGGAAACAGUUACAGAAGUGUCUCUCCAAAGAGCAACGAUCAGAUAGGCUUAAAUAUUAAUAAUCCUCUUAUAAAUAAUGAAAGUAUAAAGAAUUCCUCGGAAUGUGAUAAUGUAGUGGAUCGCCAGUGUAACAAGAACAGUGAAGCUGUAAAUAUAGGUAAUGCCUCUGAAGAUUGCAUUGUUGGAACUAAGAAGAAAGAUGUUGAGGUUGCCUUGAAUGGUGUAGGUGUGAAACCUUCUAAAUCUACAGUUUUUAGAAGAAAACACAAUUCUCAGCCAGUUCCGUCAACUUUGAAUCGUGACAGGAGAUACGCUCCAACGAGACCGAGGAUGUCAGUUGUUAAGCUGCUAAGAGAGUAUGAUGAAGCUAGACAGCGGACAGAAUUCAACCGUAACUUUUAUACUUGCAAGAUAUGCUUCCAGGAUAAGAGGGGUUCUCACUGCACUUGUUUUGAGGGCUGUGGGCAUGUCUUCUGUAAAAGCUGCAUGGCAGAAUAUUUUGCAGUGCGAAUUAAAGAUGGCACUGUGAAGAGCAUUUGCUGUCCAGAAGAGAACUGUACUUCGGAAGCAGUUCCUAAUCAGGUUCAAGAGCUGGUGAGUGCAGAACUGUUCUCGCGCUAUGACUCUGUACUUCUGUCAACCUUGUUGGAUACAAUGGAAGAUGUGCUGUAUUGUCCAAGGCCUGCUUGUCAGUAUCCAGUGGCUGUCGAACCCGGAGAGAAGAUGGCAGCAUGUCCGUCAUGUAGCUAUGUAUUCUGUAUCUACUGCAGGAUGGUGUAUCAUGGCAUUGAACCCUGCAGAUUUAGAGCACAUGAAAAACGCCACCUGGUAGAAGAAUACUCUAAUGCAAGUGAAGAAAGGAGGGUGCAAAUGGAGCAGCGUUAUGGCAAGAAACAGUUGCAGACUUUGGUGGACACGUCACUUUCUGAGAUAUGGGUCUUUACUAACAGCAAGAAGUGUCCCAGUUGCAAUGCUGCUAUAGAGAAAUCAGAGGGAUGCAACAAAAUGGUUUGCUGGAAGUGCAACACCUCCUUCUGUUGGCUCUGUGAACAACGCCUUAAUCCUGAGCGUCCAUACCUACAUUUCAACAACCCUGCUUCCAAGUGUUACAAUCUCUUGUUUCAUGGAGUGCAAGUUUCAGAUGAAGAAGAUGAUUGGUGGGAGGCUGAAGUGGGCGAGGAAAAAGUCACACAGAAGGAAAGAGGAACAUGAAAAAAAACAGUGCUCUCUCAGUAAUUGUAUAAUGUGCACAAGUAAAUCAUUUUUGGAACAUGUUAUAAUUUGCAUUUUGUUUGUUUGUUUGUAUAUAUAUGUACGAUAGGGUUUAUGGUGAACAAAUUUGAACAAAAAUUAAACUGGCCUGGGAAGUCCCCCCCUCCUGCAGCAAUAAUACCAGAUUUCAUCAUUGAAAUGUUAACUGGUGUGACAUGAAAUAUGGGACAAAUGUGGCAGUAAUUGACAUUAGCAAUCCCUGAAGCACUUCUGCUGGGAAUAUCUUGCUCAACCACCACUCACCUCACUCUGAUGUUAUGUAGAAUGUGUGCUUUGUCUUCCCACCUCAUUUAUGCCUUUUGGCAUGGUGUGUAACAAGGUAUCUUUAGCAUAAACAAGAAAUUUUGAGUAGAACUCAGAAAGGCUAUUUGCUAACUGCAUAAAUUUUCUAUUCCUGCAGAUGUGUUACCAUUACUGUUAUUUUAUUUUGAUAAAGAAAUUAUUAAGUACAGAUACCACAUACAUUAUAUUUCUGGGUUAGGACACCAUUCUGUCUUGUGCAUAGUUACCAGUGUUUCAGAGGAACAUACCACCUCCAUCUUAAACUUCUAACCUGAAGAUAAAAGCAGCAGGUCUCUUCAAAAUAUUGGUAACCAUCUGCUAUGGUGCAUUGCUUCAUAAUUCGGAAGAUCACAGUUGUUAUUUCCAACAGUGUGAUAAACUUGGAUCUCAUAUAAGAAAUGAAUAAUUUAUCAACAAAUAAUUGGUAAUAGAAAUAAAAUUAAUGUCUUGCUUUUUCAUGUAAAAGGUGUAAAUGGCUUAUAUAAACAUAUUUAACAAGUGGCAGGACAGUGGUAUGGAGUUCUGUAUAAAA